GGGUUUCGGCGCGAAAAAUCUCAACGGUUUUGUCCUUCGAUGUUUUACUUUGUCCAGUUAGACUCAUUUGUCUUUUAGCUGUAGUGAGAGCAAUUCUGAGUUUGCCUGUAGCUGAAAUUAUCGUUUAUCUAUAGAGUCUUCGGUCCAAGAACUGAAAUCACCUCGAAAUGGAGGAUGAAUUGCCUACAUUGGAGAUUAAUCCCCCGAGUGUCAAUGAAAGUGACAAAAAAAUGGAAAAAUUGAGCCUUCCCGAAGGGAUUGGACAAUACGAGGACUCGGGAUUUGCCAGCAUCGCAGGCUCUGUCAUCACAGAAAAUGAGGAGACAUCAAAGCUUCCGGAGAAUCCCCCAGUCUUCGUGACCCGAGCCGACCGUGAGCGCGUCCGGCUCGAGCAGCUGGCGGUGAAGCGUCAAGCCGAGCUGCAACACGAAAACGAGAAACGAGAGAAGGUCUACAAACGCCUGAUGCACCUUCUCAAACAAUCCAAGUUCUUCUCUGAUUUCCUCAUGAAGAAACUCAGCAAUAACGAGGCAAAGCCAUCGACAUCCAAGUCUUCAAAACGCAAGAUUCAGGAUUCCGACGACGAGCCCAUCUACACACCGCCAUCAAAACGUCCCAAAAGAAAUUGCAAGCCCGUCCAGAAGGAUCUCAAAGAGUCUUUGCGUCCUCAGCGGCAAAAGCGACUGACAGAAACAGGAAAACGAAAGCUCACAGAAAAACAAAUCCAAACAGAGCUGGACGCAAUAGUCGACGAGGAGGAUGAGACCUCAGAGGAGUCUUUCAGUCAGCCUAAAUACUUUCAAGGCGACCUUCGUGACUACCAGAAACACGGUCUCCAGUGGCUGAAGGCCCUGUAUGAGCACGGAAUGUCUGGAAUCCUAGCCGACGAAAUGGGCCUGGGAAAAACAGUCCAAGUGAUCGCCAUGAUAGCUCAUCUAAUUGAAAAACACCAGCCCGGUCCCUUCCUGAUCGUCACUCCCUUAUCAACGAUUCCCAAUUGGUUGAUGGAGUUCGAGAGGUUUGCACCGAAAAUUCCAGUGGUAUUGUUCUAUGGAUCUUCAGGUGAACGAGCCCAACAAGCUGUCAAAGUGAAGAAGACAGUAUCAGUGGAUGGGUUCAGAACCCUCCCAGUGGUGCUUACAACCUACGAGACUCCAAUAAAAAACCAGAGAUUAGUGAAAGGUCUCAACUGGAGGUACAUAAUCAUAGACGAAGCCCAACGCAUCAAGAACGCUGAGUGCCAAUUGGUGCAGCUCCUGAAGACAUGCAAAUCGGAUAAUCGUUUGCUGCUGACUGGAACCCCUCUCCAAAACAACCUGAAGGAGCUUUGGUCCUUACUCCACUUUCUCAUGCCCCAGAUCUUCAGUGAUUUAGCUGUCUUUGAGUCCUGGUUCGACGUGAGGGACUUCCAACAUGAGGAAGGAACCAACCGGAUCCUUCAGCAGGAAGAGGAGAAGAAGGUACUUCAGUCCCUCAGGGAGAUAUUGAAGCCGUUUAUGCUGAGGAGGAUGAAGACAGACGUCUGCCUCGAUAUUCCAGCUAAGAAAGAAGUGAUGGUUUACGCCCCCAUGUCAUCACUUCAACGACAACUCUACACAGCUUACUUGAGCAGAGAUAUCUGCACAUUAUCCAAGACGAAGCCUGAACCUAUUAUCCUGGACGACGAGUUUGGAAAGAGACCUAAAAGAAGUUGUGCCGUGAAUAACAGAUACAGUGAUGCCUACAGGAAUCUUGAUCAGGCUUUGGCGAAUGGUUGGAACACUUCGGCCUCUUCCGAGGAUGACACCCAUUCAUCAUCUCUCGAUCCAGACUACGUAGCCUCUUCAGAUUUUUCUCAUCGUGACAACAAUCCUGAGAGUACGGUGGAAACCAAAGCGGUUGGUAAAGAAGUAUCUCCACCUUCGAAAACGGCUGCAGUGGACAAGGUCAUGGAGAAAUGGACUGAUCAUGUUCAAGUUACGGAGGAUAACUGCCAUUAUCUCUUCAGGCUGUCCUUUGGAAGUCGUCAGAUUAUGUACAGGAAGAUCAUCAACCAUCCUUAUCUGAUUCAUCUACCUCUUAAUUAUGCUGGACUUCCAAAAGUCGAUAAUGAUCUGAUCGAGGCUUCUGGGAAGUUUGUGGUACUGGACAGAAUGCUGAAGAAGCUCAGUGAAGGGGGCCACAAAGUUCUCCUCUUCUCUACUAUGAAGAUGAUUCUCGAUGUUAUUGAGGAUUACCUUAGCAUGAGACCCUGGAAAUACGUCAGGCUGGAUGGAGAAGUUAACAUAGAAACGAGGAAGAACCAUAUUCACGUUUUUAAUUCUGAUCCUAACUAUUUUUUGUUCUUGAUAAGCACCAGGGCUGGGGGAGUUGGCCUGAACUUGGCAGCUGCUGAUACUGUCAUUAUUUUUGACAGUGACUGGAAUCCACAGGUCGACAUUCAGGCGAUGGCCAGGUGCCAUAGAAUUGGGCAGACCAGGCCUGUUGUUAUAUACAGGUUGUGCACUAAGGGAACUUUUGAUGAGGCUAUUGUCAGUAGGGCUGAGGCUAAGAGGAAACUUGAGAAGCUGGUGAUUUCGAAGGAGAUCGAGGAAAUGACACUUUUCAACAAGGAGGGCCUCUUGAAGCUCAAGGAGUUAUUGGAUUCCAGUGAUCAACAGGUGGGGAAUUCUGGGAAGGAAUUCCUCUCGGAGGAUGAGCUCGAGAAACUCCUGGACAGAAGUGAUCUCGAGGGUAAGACUGAGGAUUCUGUGCAAGCUAUUGAGCCACAGAAGUGAUAAGAUCUAUUUGUUUAUUAGUUUUCAUUCGUUGUUUUUGCAUUUCUCGUAAAUGUUGGAUUUUGUAUGAGUUUUAUUCUUGAGGACUUGGUAGCCAGUCUUGUUGACUAGUUUUGAUAGUUUACUGGAGGCAAUAUGUAAGAAACUGUCGAUUUUCGUACUUAAAUAGUUUAAUCAAUAGUGUGAUGAGAUGAUUGAUGACCUGACGAAACGCAGAGUGAGAAACGAAUAACAAAUAUUUGUUGUACGCUUUUUAGAGACAAGACAAUGUUUGUAAUUUCCAAAAAAUUUUGGCGUAUUCAUCAGCACAUGCUUUCGUGAGUGAAAAUAUUGCGUCAAUCAGUUAUGAGAGUGAAGAAUGAACAAAAGAUUGGAAUGUCAGUUACGGCUGAGAUCACCAUUUGUAUCUUAAACAAUUAGUCUAUAAAAGUUUCUAAAUGGUUAGAAAUUGUCAAGUAUCCUAUAUUUAAAAAAAUAUAAAAUAAAUACUUAUGCGUAAUCGUAAAUAUUUUUACGAUUGCAAAGGUUGUAAAAAUAACCUUCAGCCAUGCAAAUACUAAUAUGGUUAUUUAUUUGCGUAUAAAACGUUCAUAAAUUAUAUUUUGUUUAUGAUGGGUCAGUGUCAAUAAAAAAAAUUAUUUUAGUUCUUUCACAA